AGCGAAGAAGUGUAGCCUAAUACAAAUAAGUUUUUAGUAUUCUGUAAAAGUAGUUAAAGAAAAAGAAAACGUCUCUAGAGGACUUGCCUUGUCUUCGGAUUGUCAGGAAGCUACAUUUUAUUUCUAGCCUUUUAAUUUCGUCUUUGUAAAAGAUAUCUUAAUGUUUCAUAGCAUUGUAGAAUAUUAUGCAGAUAGCCAGGACAGAUGUGGCUACUGCAAAAGUCCCAAUACGCAUUUCAGCCAUGGUAUGUGGGCACAUUCUAUGACUGUUAGCGACUAUCAAGAUCUCAUCGAUAGAGGCUGGCGGAGAUGUGGAAAAUAUUGUUACAAGCCGACUAUGGAUGUUACUUGCUGCCCUAUGUACACUAUAAGGUGUAGAGCAUUAGAAUUUAAAGCUACUAAGUCUCAGAAGAAAGUAUUGAAGCGUUUCAAUAAAUAUUUAGUGGGACAAGAUACAAAUGAGAAAUCUGAGCCUACUGGGGAUGGCAACAGGAAGAUGUCUACUUGCAGUAGUGAGGCGGACAUGGCAGAGGGGGUGGAGCAAUUCCUGGAGAGUACAAAUGUGCCACAGAAAAUUAACAUUAGUAACAUUGUAAAGGCAGACGAAGAUGAGGCUUUUGAAGAUGCUAAAGAGCAAUCUAAAGAAGAACCAAAAGUACUAAUAGAAUCUGCUUCCAAUCCAGUAAGCAAUCCAUUAGAUAAGAGUAAGCCAAAAGAAAUGAAAAAAGGUGAAGGCUAUGACCCAGCUAAAGCUCCAAGUAAAAAAGCAAAGCAAUUAAGAUUGGAGAGGAAAAUGGAGAAACUUAAGGAAAAAGGGAUUGAUAUUAACUCUUUGUCCAAUACAAACAAAAAUAAGGAAAAAGAAGUAGAGGACUUUAUAAAUGAAUUACCCGAUGAUGUCAAACACAAAUUAGAGAUAAAAUUAGUGAGAACCGCACCUCCGAGCCCUGAAUGGGAGGCAACUAUGACAGAGACUUGUGAAGUUUAUGCCAAGUAUCAGACAAUCAUACAUAAUGACAAACCAGAAAAAUGUACACCAACAAAGUUCCAUAGCUUUUUAGUGCAGAGCCCAUUGCUGGAAGAACAUAGUGAAUCUGCCCCCCCAUGUGGCUAUGGCUCUUUCCAUCAACAAUAUUGGCUUGACGGAAAGCUCAUAGCUGUUGGUGUUAUAGACAUACUACCUAAGUGCGUCUCAUCAGUUUAUUUCUUCUAUGACCCAGCAUAUACACAUCUUACACUGGGCACUUAUGGAGCUUUAAGGGAGAUAGCAUUUACUCGACAGCUGCAGUCAGUCAGUCCCGCGCUAAAGUAUUACUACAUGGGCUACUACAUCCACUCCUGUAAGAAGAUGCGUUACAAGGGCAACUUCUAUCCUUCAGAUCUAGCAUGCCCUGAGACUUAUAAAUGGUGCCCAUUAAAGGACUGUAUUCCUAAGCUCGAAGUAACGCCAUAUUCUAGAUUAGACCCGGACAUUGAUAGUGUUGACGACAACUAUCCGAAAGAUGGCGAUAUUAAUUAUGUACCCGUGUUGGCCAAAUGUGUUGUAAUGCCAUAUAAAACUUAUAAGAGGAAAUAUGAGAAGGGUAACUUUGAAGAGCUAUUGCUGCAGUAUUCACAAUUAGUUGGAGUGGUUUGUGCCAAGCGCAUGAUAAUAGUAAGUCAAUAAUGUAGUUACUAUAGAAAAUGUUGUUCUUUCAGUUCUUUCUAGUUUAAUUCCCACCUUUAAUGUAACAAAUCUGUUUGUUCUUUGUACUUAAAUAGUGUUUUGUGAUAGAAUAAUAUUUAGUGUAAACUACCUUCGCCAUUAUAUUUACUAGUAUAUUUACGGAUUUUACGGAUUGUACCCAGGUGUUGACGCAUUUAUCGAUACCCCAUCACCCAUCAGCAUUAAACAGAUGAUGAGAUGACGUCUUAUACCUAUUUCAGACUAAAUGACUUAAGGUGCACCAGACACGAGCUGAAAUGAUCAUAAUUCAGCACCGGAAUAUCUAUGAUCACAGAAUAAAAUCACAUAUUGUCUAUGGCACCCGCAUUUUUGUAUAAAAAAUUUCAGAAAUUUUGAAUUUGUUGGUCACUGAAGAAAUUUUGAAUAGCUGAUGAAUUGAUGAUAGGUACAUUCAGCUCGUGUGCGUGUGGCUUAGCCGAUUCGACGUUCCCAAAAAUGCGGUGACACACUUAGUCAUCUGAACAAAGGUCUAUAGUUGCUCAACAUACAAAUAUUUCAUAAAUAUAAUUUUUCAUAGUAGUUAUAAUAAUAUUAUACGUCCGAUAUUGAUUUAAUUAUGUCUAACUAGUCAUAAUCAAUAAGUUUAAUUCAAGCUUUCUAAUACUAAUGUUAUUCAAUGUGUACAACACAAUAAAAGCAAAUAAUUACACACAUUUCUUCGAGUCAACCUUUGGUGGAAAGGUUAACGCAGCCAAAUCAUUUGUGCUGUUUUCAAGGUAAAAGGGGACAUACUGUCGGUAGGUACCUAGUCAAUAUUCCGCAAUAUGAUUCAAACUUAUCGACAACCGACUCUGUGGUAACUUUUGCCUGAAAACGCCGCAUGUAUGUUUACGCUUAAGCAAGUCGUGCAUACAUAAGUAUUUUUGCUCGGAAUACCUAGAACUCAAAAUUAUAUCAUGCGCAGUAGGAGUACCUACGAAUCUUAAAGUUAUUAUUUAAUUCCUGAAAAACAUAUAUUGUUGAUGUUUUCAUUUACAAACCUGUCUUUUUCAUUCACGUACGAGUACAUAGUGUAAAUGGACUUUUUCAGUAGGUUGAUUUAGAGAUGUACCUUGAAAGUGUACUGUAUUAUUUAUAAAAAUGAAAUUAGGAAAUUUAUUUUUUAAUUGGUCUUUUAACAAUAAACACUUAAGU